UCCAUAUCCAUAUCCACGGUAUACGGACGAUUGGUUUAAUAGCCAUGGAACACGGUGUGCUGGCGAAGUAGCAGCUGCUCGCGAUAACGGAAUUUGCGGAGUCGGAGUCGCGUACGAUUCGAAAAUAGCAGGUAUUAGAAUGUUGGAUCAACCUUAUAUGACCGAUCUGAUCGAAGCUAAUUCAAUGGGACACGAACCGAAUCUCAUCGAUAUAUAUAGCGCUUCGUGGGGCCCCACGGACGACGGUAAAACCGUCGAUGGACCUAGGAAUUCCACGAUGAGAGCUAUAGUCAAAGGUGUUAAUGAAGGUCGAAACGGUUUGGGAAAUAUUUAUGUUUGGGCGAGCGGCGAUGGUGGCGAAGAUGACGAUUGUAACUGUGAUGGAUACGCGGCCAGUAUGUGGACGGCGACUACCGAUUUGUAUGGGAAAUGUACAACGACUCACUCGGGAACGUCAGCAGCCGCUCCAGAAGCGGCAGGUGUGUUCGCUUUGGCGCUCGAAGCAAAUAACAAGUUAUCUUGGAGAGACAUUCAACAUUUAACAGUGUUGACUUCGAAAAGGAAUUCACUGUUCGAUGCCAAAGGGCGAUUUCAUUGGACCAUGAACGGUGUAGGUUUGGAAUUUAAUCACUUGUUCGGAUUCGGAGUGUUGGACGCUGGUGCUAUGGUGGCGCUGGCUAAACGUUGGAAAACGGUACCGCCGAGGUUUCACUGCGAAGCUGGCAGCGUUAAUAAAAUUCAAUCUAUGAUUUUAAGUCGAAGACAAAACGAUGAUGACUCUCGGGAUGGUUUUUCAAAAUGGCCGUUUAUGACUACUCAUACUUGGGGUGAAUAUCCACAAGGCACAUGGAUACUAGAGGCCAAAUUCAACUCUCAAAUACCCCAAACCGGCUACAUAAAAGAAUGGUCUUUGAUGCUUCACGGAACAAAAGAACCACCGUACACGGAAUUGCCGGUUUUAGAUCCUCAUUCGAAAUUGGCGAUAGUGAAAAAAGCGCACGAGAGUCGCAUCAAAAUGUAACGUUUUUAUUUUCGAAAGAUUUUAACUUUUAUUUUCAAUUUCCAACCGUGAAAACAAUGCAAAUACGAUUUCGUUCCUAUUGUCACAUUCCAAUUAACUUGCAAUACGAUAAAAAU